UGCCAACAAAAUAUAGCAAAAAAUUCGGUAAUAAAAUCAAAAAAAUGGGUAGCGGAAGCAGAGCGUUGGUGUGUAAAUCGGCCUCACUUGUUUCACUUAUAGUGGCGCCCUCUCUCUCUACAACUUCAACUACACCUCAGCUCAGAUUCAAAUCCUCUACUUCUAGGCUAUAUCGUAUGGCCGCCACGGAGGCAUCGUCUUCGUCCUCUUCCGUCACAGCCGGUGACGGUACCACUAUCAACCCUCCCUCUUCCUCCGCCGCCAAUGCAAACGAGAGAACUCCUCCUUCUUCUGCUUCCUCCGCCAUCGAUUUUCUCUCUCUCUGCCACCGCCUCAAGACAACGAAAAGAGCUGGAUGGGUGAAGAGAGAUGUAAAGGAUCCAGAAUCUAUAGCGGAUCACAUGUAUCGAAUGGGAUUGAUGGCUCUCAUUGCUUCGGAUAUUCCUGGUCUUGAUCGAGACAAGUGUAUAAAAAUUGCGAUUGUUCAUGAUAUUGCAGAAGCCAUUGUUGGGGACAUUACACCUUCAGAUGGGAUUUCAAAGGAAGAGAAGAGUCGACGAGAACGAGAAGCAUUAGACCACAUGUGCAAAUUACUUGGUGGAGGGUCAAGAGCCCAGGAAAUAGGUGAGUUAUGGUUGGAAUAUGAGGAGAAUUCUUCACCAGAGGCUAAAAUUGUUAAGGACCUUGACAAGGUGGAGAUGAUACUUCAAGCCUUAGAAUAUGAAAAUGAACAAGGGAAGGAUUUGGAUGAGUUUUUCCAGUCAACAGCUGGAAAGUUUCAGACUGAAUUGGGCAAAGCUUGGGCCUUAGAGAUAGCAUCAAGAAGAAGAAAAGAAGGCUGAUUAAUAACCUUAAGUUUCCUUUUUGCUGGUGCCGUUGUGCUGGUACUGGCAGUAGUGGUAGAACAGUACAACAAUUCUUGACAUGUGUAUAUUAAUCUUGAUUACUUUUAACCAUAUUAUCAAAAAUAAUGAAGUUUUGAGUAUGAUUUUAUCA